GGGUCAGAAGCGGGUCUGCAGGCCUGGAUUAGUGGGCCUGGGGUACAGCCCUCUCCCUCCUCUUCGGCCCACUCAGCCCUCUGACACCAUCCCAGCCCACCUGUGAUCAUGAGAGCUGCCUGCCUCUUCCUGCUGGCCCUGCCUGGCCUGCUGGCUCAGGGCCAAUAUGACCUGGACCCCCUGCCUCUGUUUCCUGACCACCUCCAGUACACCCACUACAGCGACCAGAUUGACACCAGGGACUACUACGAUUAUCAAGUUGCAGAGGUGUCCCCGCGGCCCGAGGAGCAGCUCCAGUUCCAGUCCCAGCAGCAAGUUGCACAGGAAGUCACCGACUUAGAACCCGCAAACCCAGAGUCGGAACCCACAGAGCCCGGACCUCUGGACUGCCGGGAGGAGCAGUACCCCUGCACCCGCCUCUACUCCAUCCACAAGCCCUGCAAACAGUGUCUCAAUGAAGUCUGCUUCUACAGCCUCCGCCGUGUCUACGUCAUCAACAAGGAGAUCUGCGUCCGCACCGUCUGUGCCCACGAGGAGCUCCUCCGAGGUGGGGAGACCCCUGCCCACGGACCUGUGCCGAGACAAGUUCUCCAAGUGCGGCGUGAUGGCCAACAGCGGCCUGUGCAGGUCUGUGGCGGCCUCCUGCGCCCGGAGCUGCGGGGGCUGCUAGACGGAGCGGCCUUGAUCCACGGGCCCUUGGCCCGGCCUGGUGCUGUCCUCCUCCCCACACCCUGCCCGUCAAACCUUAGUGGACUGCAAACCCGGGGGCUUGUGGGAGGCCACGCCACAGGCCCCUCCCCUAGCCUGUGGCCAGAACGGGGGCUCCUCAUGGCCCAGGCUCUACUUCCUGGGUGGGGACUGGGGCCCCAAUGUACCCUCUUAGAUCCUCUGAAGACAGCCCCCCUCAGAGGCCCCUGAGGUAGGCUGUGCCCCUACCCAACCCCCAGCUGGUCGGCUUGGAUAUUGACAGACCGCAGCCCCAUCCCAAUGCCCCCUGACCCCCCGGGCACAGACCGCCUUUGUUUCGUACAAAAUUAAAAACAGGUUUUUACAAAA